AAACAUUCGGUCUUGAAAAUAAUUACAAAUUGCUCCACACCAUCACAGAAUGCAAGUUUUAAACUUUUUGUGCCUUGCUUUGCUAUGUUUAGUAUUGGAAAAGGUGGCAGUUGCUGAAGAAUGCAUCAAGUUUGAAGAUCACAAAGACGAAAUCCUGAACUGCUGCAAGUAUCAACCACCUUAUCCGAAGGAUGACGUAAAAGAGUGUGUCCAGGAAGCACAAGGAAAAUCCGGCGGGGAUAAACACGAGUUUUUCGCGUGUCUGCUGGAAUGUUAUCUACCCAAAAUUGGGAUAAUAAACGGUGAUUCCAUCGACGAAGACAAGAUAUCGGAACACUUGCAAUCUCUGGACGAAAACGCUAGGGAUAUUUUGCUGGCAGCCUACAAAGAGUGCGAUGAGAGCACCACCGGAACAACACGGGCUCAAUGCAGUUCCUAUGCACUGGAUCUCGAGACCUGUGUCCUCCAGAAGUUGGACCAGCAGUGUCCGGAUGAAUUCUACAAUCCAAGUGAAAUUUGCGACAAGUUGAAGUCUGGCGUUGAGAUCUGUCAUUAAAUACAGUUAAAAAAAUUGAAUUGUUAUAUACUAGUUCGGAAUGGAGGUAUUAGGCAAAAAAGAAUAUCAUGGCUGAAUGUUUUAAUAAAAAGGUUGUUUCAGAACGAUUUAGAAGAA